ACCCAGCUCAAGAUACUUGCAUCAUCUCUACGGGCAUGUUCCUAGUUCUUUCUGUCAUAGCAGCACUUCCGCUGCUGGCUCUCUGGAUACUCAAUAAGCUCGAGUACUAUCGCACCAAGCAAUUCGCAGCAUGGCCACAGCCAAAGCCGUCACGUGUAUGGGGCCAUAUGAAGGAUCUCAACGCCUUUAUUUCCCGCGGUGAGCCGAACAGGCAUAUUGAUCAUGUAUUCGCGGAAAUCAAGGCCCACCUUGGUAACCCACCGUUGUAUCUCCUCGAUGCACGCCCGAUACAGCAUCCUAUGGGCAUUGUCUGCAGCCACGAGAUCGCAGAACAGGUAGCCAGGAGCUCGAAGCAGUUCCCGUAUGGUAUGCCCAAGACGCCGACGCUGCAGGCUUAUAAGUAUCUGAUGGGCCCUCAUUCGAUUCUUACUUCCGAGGGUGAGGAAUGGAAAAGGCUUCGCAAACGGUUUAAUCCUGGAUUUGCGCCUCAGCAUUUAUUGACGUUGCUUCCGUGUAUACUGGCCAAGACGGUGCCAUUUUUCGAGACUCUUGAUCGUUAUGCCCAGUCUGGCGAAGAGUUUAGUCUGGCUGAGACAUGUACCAAUCUCACAUUUGAUAUUAUCGGGGCAGUGACAAUGGACGAGGACUUGGGAGCGCAGCUUCCCCUAGAUAAGAAGAGCGAGAUGGUCAAGCUCUAUCACGAGCUGGCUGCAAGUUAUCACAGAAAGAGCUCAGUGCGCGCAAAAGCGUUGAACCCCUUGGUGAUAUGGCACCAAUAUACCCUGGCUCGCAGACUCAAUGCCAUCAUCAAGACGCACAUCAAACGCAAAUUCGCAGAAUUGAAGGAAGCCAACACCAACGAGAAGAUGGCCCGCAGUGUCCUCGCCCUCAGCCUACAGGAUAUCGAGCAUCUGGAUGUACAUGUCCUCGAUCAGACUUGCGAUCAGCUGAAAACUUUCUUGUUUGCUGGUCAUGACACGACUAGCAUCCUUCUGCAGUGGGCAUUCUAUGAGCUAAGCCGCACACCUCGUGUUCUUGAGUCUAUUCGCCGUGAACUCGACGACGUCUUUGGGCCUGAUCCUUCUCCGGCAGCAGUUCGUGAUAAGCUUCUUACGCCGAACGGCGGAGAACUCCUCACGAAGCUGCAGUAUACCUCCGCCGUAAUCAAAGAGAUACUCCGUGUAUACCCUUCGUCGGGAACGGGGAGACUCGUGCCCGAGGGGUCGGGUGCGUAUAUCCAGUUGCCAGAUGGAAGGUCGCUGUGCAUUGACGGAGUCCUGAUGUACAACUGCGAGACGCUCAUUCAUCGUGAUGAAGCUGUCUACGGGGAGUCAAAGGAUGAUUUUGUUCCGGAGCGAUGGCUUGGUGAUGCCGGUGCUGAUCGCAUACCGGCCAGCGCAUGGCGCCCGUUCGAGCGAGGACCGCGCAGCUGUAUUGGCCAGGGACUUGCGACGAUUGAGGCACAAGUGAUUCUGGCUUGUGCGGUCAGGCGGUACGAAUUUGUGAAGAUUGGGCUCGGUGAGGUCAAGAGGGACAGUGUAGGGGAGCCAAUUCUCGAUCCGCGAGGACAGUACGCGGUCAAAUCCAAAUUGUUCAACACAAUGCAAGUGACUGCAAAGCCGGUAGAUGGAAUGAUAAUGAAGGUGGAGUUGUCCUCCGGUGGUAGGAAAACGCUCUGAUGUACUACCUGACAUCCCACUCUUAUCAUGUACGUCAUACUUCUGCGUCUGAGACCACCUUGUAGAAAUGAUCUACUUUUAACUUUGGAUCACUCCUCAGAUGCUAUCGCAUGCGGUGCACUCGAUGUACUUGUUACCGUAACAUGUCUAGCACUAUCCAAAAUUCAGACCAAGCAUCAUGACCUGAC